UUAUGGACAUUCAAGAUAAUUGAUAUUCAUUUUCUCUUUUUCAAGAGAUUUAAAGGAAGAUAUUUUCAAUUUUUUUAAUUAAAUUUAUCGAUAAAUGAAAGACGCAGAAGAUUUACAAUAUGAAAGCUAAUAUAAUAUUAUUGCAAAGAAUAUUUGCGUGUGGUAAUUAUCUUCAAUACUUAGUUAUUAAAUAGAGAGAAGGGUGAAAAAAAUACAAAUUUUUGGUGAUUCUUUAGCCCUAGAAGCGCAAGUCCUUUUUACUUCUUUCCAGGAGAUGUCUCAAACUAGUUUAUUCAAUAAAAACGAAUCAAAAUAGCUCUAAUUGCUUUUUAAGGACGAAGAACAUUUAGAUAAAUGUUUGGACAGAUAUUCAGAAGAAAGGAUCCACGAAUUUCUUUUAAAUUAGUUGCCACUAGGAGAAGUUGUUUUAACUUGAUGAUUAUCUCGUUUUUUCAUUAUAUUUUAAU